AUGAAAAGUAUGAUAUUCAAUAGAUUUUAUCUUGUCUUUUGUUUACAGCUAUCUGAUCCACUUGACGAUGUAGCUUGGAAAAUUAUGCGAAAAAUGGGUUAUGAACAUGGUCAAGGAUUUGGUGUUAAUGCUCAUGGUGUAGUUGAACCGGUUUCAUUGAGUAAACAAAAAGGCAGAAGUGGUCUCGGCUCAGUAAAAACAACAUCAUCAUCUGAUAAAAAGAUUGAAUCGUUUUCAGGCGAACUGUACCAAUCUUCCAAUCGAAAUUUAGUAUGGUAUGAAGGUUGUGAUGAUGAUUAUACUACAGCUGGUGGAGAUUAUACCUGGUCAUGGUCAAUGGAAGGCGAAUGUCCUACUAAUUCCUUAUCGGAUUUGAAGUCUCUAAUUAUCAGUCCCGAUGAACCGGAGGCUUUAGGUCCACCUAUUGAAGAGUUGGAUAAUGAAGAUAAAUUCUGCUCGAUUCAUCUUGUUCAGGAAGUUUUAAACUAUAAGAUGCGGUGA